UUAGUUACGCCGUUACAGGGCUUGGGAUGUGGUAGUCGGUUCGGUAGUUAACUUAAAUCUGAAUCCACAAGGUGAUGGUGAACGGCCGGUUGCCCGUAGUGACUAAUGCGACUGCGCCUGUUUACUUGAAGGAGGAAACGUCAUUCAAACCAUUGUGUAAUCAAAAAGGAAAAGUCAUGUCCCCUAACUUGAAAAUAUACUUCGCUGGGAGCAUCCGGGCCGGGCGAGCUGAUGCAGAGUUGUAUGACUGCAUUGUGAAAAAAUUGGGAAAAUAUGGAACAGUGUUGACGACCUUUGUAGCAGACCCGAAGACUACUGCUACAAGUUCAGAGGAAGAUGGAGCUAAGACUGACAAGGAGAUUCAUGACCGUGAUGUUAAGCUUCUUGAGGAGUGCCAUGCCAUUGUUGCUGAAGUAACCCAACCAUCACUGGGAGUUGGUUAUGAAAUAGGUCGUGGUGUGGCCAUGGGCAAAAGGAUUCUCUGCUUGUAUCGACCUCAACCGAACAAAAUUCUCUCGGCAAUGAUCCGUGGGGCUGACAUUGAUGGCCAGUUUGUCACUAAGGACUACAAAGAAGAGGAGCUGUCUGGCAUCCUGGAGGAUUUCUUCACUAAAGUUCUUGGCAGGGACAGUAAGAACAGCCUAGACUGGAAGACCUAUGAGCCUAUGUAGAAUAUUUGUAAUGAUGUUAUGUUUGACCACAAAAGCACAUGUACUUUAGAGGUCUGUACACACUAGUCACCUCUGCUUGUUCCAGUUGAGUUAAAAUUCCUUGUCUUACAGGGGUCACUCUCCAGUUGUAUUGUACUUGAAGUCAGUUGUGAUAGUAUUAUACCUGUAAUGAUUUUUUUUUUUACAGGAUUAGCCCACAGGUCAAUGACCCACAUCAGGGCCUGGGGGCAAAAAUACAAUGCUAAUAAUAAUACUAAUUAAUAAAAAUUAAUAAGGA